AUGGUGAAUAGUACUGGCGCUUCUUGUGUCUCUCGACCCCUUGAAGAGGUCUAUCAGAAAAAAACACAGCUAGAACAUAUUUUAUUACGCCCAGACACAUAUAUUGGGUCUGUUGAGAAAACCCCGCAAAAUCUUUGGAUAUUAGAAGAUAUGUCUCGGGUGGCCUUUAAAUGUGUAAACAUCAUUCCUGGAUUGUACAAGAUAUUUGAUGAGAUCCUGAUAAGAGAUCCGACCAUGGACACGAUUAAAGUUGACAUUGAUCCCGGUUCAUCAAAGAUUAGU